ACUUGAUCCUAACUAGUGUGUGCAUUAACACUUGCUACACAUAUAGCAGAUUCAUUGUCCAGGGCAUAAAGGGGUAUGAUGAUUGGGCAUCAUCCUUUAGGCUAAAGUUUUCUUGGCAGAUCUUGCUGUAUGCUUCUUAGACUGGAUUCAGACCUGUAAUAAGACUUCUUGUACACAAACAUGUACACAACAUCGAGUUGAAGGCAGUGGGUGCAGCAGUGAUUUCUAAACAUACAGUAAAUUCAUUGCCCAGGACAUAAGGUGUAUUGUGAUUGGACAACGUUCUCACAUUCCUCGAUUUUUGCUAAACUGCUAAAGUUCUUUUAGCAUAUUUUGCCGUCCGUAAAGAUGGCUGCUAAUAACCUACCAACAACCGUUGACAAGGAGCAGAUUUUUGGCAUGGCUGAGAAGGAGAUGGAGUACAGGGUUGAAUUAUUUAACAAGCUCACUCAAACAUGCUUCAACAAGUGUGUCGAGAGAAAGUACAAGGACCCUGAGCUAAAUAUAGGCGAAAAUAGCUGCAUCGAUCGUUGUGUAUCAAAAUAUUGGCAGGCAACAAACCUUAUCGGUCAGAUGCUCGGUAAUGGACGAUCACCCCUGUGACUUCUACGCAUGACCAUAUAAAGACCAGGAUAUCAUAUGAAUUAGCAUUAUGGUUUUGUUAUCGCCACCAAAACCUUGAAAUUUUGAUGUUUUUCUGAGAUUUACAGUAAUGUAUUUUUGCGGUUGGUAAGCAUAUAGGUUUUCGUUCCUUUUUUAGGAUUAGUUCCAGUGGCUUCCUUCUUUAUAUGGAAGUAUUUUAAUUAAAGCUUUGUCAUAUUGUCCUUCUUAAUGUAACUGAAAUUUCCUCUUUCCACAUUUGUCAUUGUUAGACGAAUUUCCUAUCUAGACUUUCAAUUUACCAUGGCCUUUCUUGUAA